AAUAUUUUUAAAAAUUCUCAUUAUUAUCUUACAGCUUGUACAGGGUGUCCCAAUAAACAUGGGAAAGAAAUGACCACUUCUAUGUCGUCUUUAUUCCAAGCGGGAUUAUUUCGUAAAUAUGAUUUUUUAGUAACUGCAGUUAAAACAUUUAACACCAAAACCUACUAGUCUCAGGAUUUCCACAAUGUGGUCUGUCAUUUUUUCACCUUCAAAAUUGAAAGAGAUAUUAGAAAUUGGUUCAGAUUCCAGUUAUGUAAAAAUCAACAAAAUCUUCCUUAAUUUUAAAGAUACAAAGAAGGUAGACCUCAUUUUAGAAAGCUGUACGAAUUUCAAUCUUUUGUGAUAAUGCAAUUUAUGAAUUAUCAGAAUUAAAAGACGAAAUUCAAGUCGUCUCUCAAUUCCCAUGUUUAUUGACAAACCCUACAAUCUAUAUAAAUGUAAUCUUUCAUGUAUAACCAAAGAAUUUAAAUGUCGUCUUUCAUCUAGGAUCAGCUGUUGUUGGCAUUCAGCUGAAUAUGUUUUAUGAUGAUAUAGACCCUGUUGUUUCUUUUGAGACUUUGUAGAAGUUCUUUCAAAAAGAUUUCACUGAAUGCUGAAUCUAUUUUUCAGAUAGAAUGGCAGAGAUUAUUAAAGAAGAAUUAAAUAUAGAAUAGUUUGAGAUAAAGGAAGAGAUAGUUUCUAUAAAGGAAGAAUUCCUUCCCUCCUCUACAGUAGAAAAUACAUGUACUUUUAUUCUUCACAAAGAUGAUAUAAAGAUGGAAGAUACAGAAAUACAAGAUGUAUUGGAUACUGAGAUACAGGAAACAGUAGAGAAUAAGCCUGUAUUUGAUCCUGAUUUUCACACUGAGCUAAUCAUUAAAGAUGAAUUUGAGGAUUUUGAUUCAGGAGAAAACGUGAUCGAACCAAAAUCAGAAAGAAUCAAGAAGAGUAAAUAUGAAUAUCCAUGUUCUCAAUGUUACUUUGUUGCAUCUCAAGCAGAUAAACUGAGGAGACUUGUUGAAAUUAAACAUGAAGGAGUGAGAUAUCCUUGCCCUCAAUGUGAAUAUGCCGCAAAAAGAGCAAGUCAUCUAAAGAUUCAUGUUGAAAAUAAACACAAAGGAGUGAGAUAUCCUUGUUCUCAAUAUGAGUAUGUUGCAACUACGGCAAAUGCUCUGAAGAAACAUGUUGAAAGUAAACAUGAAGGAGUGAUAUAUUGUUGUUCCCAAUGUGAGUAUACUGCAACUACAGUAGGUAACCUGAAGGCUCAUAUUGAAUAUAAACAUGAAGGAGUGAGAUAUCCAUGUUCUCAAUGUGAGCAUGCAACUACGGCAAAUCAUCUAAAGAAACGAGUUGAAAGUAAACAUGAAGGAGUAAGAUAUUGUUGUCCUCAAUGUGAAUAUGCCGCAUCUACAGGAAGUGCUCUGAAGAUUCAUGUUGAAAGUAAACACGAAGGAGUGAAGUAUCCAUGUGCUCAAUGUGAACAUGCCGCUACUACAGCACAAGAUCUGAAGAGACAUGAUAAAAGUAUACAUGAAGGAGUGAGAUAUUCUUGUUUCCAAUGUGAGUAUGCUGUAACUACAACAGGUAACCUGAAGGCUCAUAGUUUAUAUAAACAUGAAGGAGUGAGAUAUCCAUGUUCUCAAUGUGAGUAUGUUGCAACUAGUGCAACUGUUCUAAAGAAACAUGUUGCAAGUAAACACGAAGUAGUGAGAUAUCCAUGUGCUCAAUGUAAAUAUGUCGCUACUACAGCAAGUGAUCUGAAGAGACAUAUUGAAAGUAAACAUGAAGGAUUGAGAUAUCCUUGCCCUCAAUGUAAGUAUGCCGCUACUACAGCAAGUUCUCUGAAGAUUCAUGUUAAAAGUAAACACGAAGGGGUGAGAUAUCCUUGUUCUCAAUGUGAAUAUGCUGCAACUACAGCAGGUGCUCUGAAGAAACAUGUUAAUAGAAAACACGAAGGAGUCAGAUAUCCUUGUCCUCAAUGUGAACAUGUCGCUACUACAGCAAGUGGUCUGAAGAUUCAUGUUGAAAGUAAACAUGAAGGAGUGAGAUAUCCUUGUUCUCAAUGUGAACAUGCCCCAACUACAGCAAAUGCUUUGAAGAAACAUGUUGAAAGUAAACACGAAGGAGUUAGAUAUCCUUGCCCUCAAUGUGAACAUCCCGCUACUACAGCAAGUCAUCUGAAGAUUCAUGUUGAAAGUAAGCAUGAAGGGGUGAGAUAUGCAUGUCCUAAAUGUAAAUAUGCUGCAACUCAAAAAGUAGCUCUGAAAAAACAUUUAGAAAAAAAACAUAAUUGAGUUCAGAUAUCUCUGUUCUGAUAAUGCUGCAAAAGAAUUGCACAAAAACUUACCAUGACUGUGGGCUAUCAACCAUUUAUUUUUUUGGUUUUAAAUUUGUGGAAACUUAUGUCACAUAAUUAAAAUUUUCU